UCUUCAAACCGCCUACCCAUGAAAACAGACUUUGCAGAAGAGGCUCCUUAUCACUGUACGUUGGGAGCCUGGACGUUUUGAUAAGCCCCUCAAAACCGCGAAGCAGAGCUGCUUUGAAGAAGCUGCUGAGGUGAAGAGAGCCUUCUGUUCCUGAGAGUCCCGGGUGCCUUCCUUCUCUUUCAGAUGUCCAGAGGAACCUGGACUCCCUCUGGAUAAAGACGCACCAUGUGUCAGAACUUCAGAUGUCUUGCUACUGCCUCAUAGACGGCCGGUCCUCCUAUAAACUUUGCCCUCUAAUCUGAGGACUUUCCUAAUCCUCACCGUUGACCACUGUUCAAGAUGAAGAAGGUGGCGGCAUGGUCGACAGAAGAUGUUUUUGAUUGGCUGAGCAAAGAGGGUAUGCCAGAGUACACCCAUGCCCUCCGUCAGACAGAUGGCCCUGCUCUACUCAGGCUCACCAAGGCAGAUUUCAAGGUGCCUCCCCUCUCGAGGGUGUCACCUGACGGCGGGGAGCGGCUGUUGGAGCGGAUGGAGAUCCUCCGGAUAGAGACCCACAUCGAGGAUCAUAAAAACGGUCACGCAAACGGGCACGUAGCGGGAAUACCCAACGGAACUAGUAAGCCUCAGAGGAAUGGCACGCUGGGGAGGAAAGACUUUGAGCAGGAGAUGAUCCACAUUCCUAUGCCAACAAUAGAACCUACUCGCACCCCAUUCCCUACAGAGUGGGGGAAGACAGGCAUAGCAUUCAUCUAUGCUGUGGUGUGCUUCGUCACCACCAGUGUCGUCAUUUCAGUGGUCCAUGAACGAGUUCCUCCGAAGGAGCAUACUCCGCCGCUGCCCGAUAAGUUCUUCGACCUGUUCGACAGGCGUGAGUGGGCUUUCUUCAUCUGCGAGAUUAACGGCAUGCUGCUGGUGGGCCUGUGGCUGAUACAGUGGAUGCUUCUCAAGCACAGAUCAAUUGUAGGCAGGAGGUUCUUCUUCAUUGUAGGAACACUCUAUCUCUACCGAUGUAUUACAAUGUAUAUCACUACUCUUCCGGUUCCCGGGAUGCACUUUAAAUGCUCACCAAAGCUUCUCGGGAACUGGGAGGCACAGAUGAGGAGAAUAAUGAAAAUGAUUGCCGGCGGGGGCCUCUCCAUCACAGGCUCCCACACCAUGUGUGGAGAUUAUCUAUAUAGCGGCCACACUGUCAUGUUGACGCUCACGUUCCUCUUCAUCAAGGAGUAUUCCCCCAGGCGCUUUUGGUUGUACCACUGGACCUGCCUGGCACUGAGUGCCAUUGGGAUUUUCUGCAUCCUCCUGGCCCACGACCACUACACUGUGGACGUGGUCGUGGCAUACUUCAUCACUACCCGCCUCUUCUGGUGGUACCACACAAUAGCCAACCAGCAGUCGCUGAAGGAGACGUCACCGAGCAACCUGUUGUCACGGGUGUGGUGGUACAAACUCUUCCAGUAUUUCGAAGAGAACGUGAACGGCACAGUUCCUCGGAAUUACCAGCUGCCCCUCGCAUUGCGGACGAUGCGCUGGAACCGUGGCGUGAAGUUCAGCCGACUGGACACGCAGUGACCCCAGUGGAGCUGAAGCAUGCGAGGACUGUGACUUAAACAAGUGCUAUGUUUUUUUUUGUUGUUUUUUUGUUGUUUUUUUUAAUUUGUGGAAGAUGGCACUGUUCCAUGUAGAGCUGUCCUUUUCACCCUUGCUAACAGGAGUCUCUCGGUCUAAAUGGGUAGCACUGUGACCGUGUAGACAUUUUGUUUUUCCUUCCGUUGUCCCUUUUUCAUUUCUGCAAGUUUUUGUAAGCACACUAAUUUAUUUGGUUUUACUUCAGUGGGAAUGGGUCACAAUCAUUUCUGCUAGUAUUAGCGGAUGUAUCAUUUUAAUAAACUUGUAAAGCUCAAUUUUUUUCCCUCAGCACAAAAACAUCAACAGUUUUCUGUUUCUAGACUUCUAGUCCAGUCAGCGUCAAAUGGAUGCUUAUUUGAGAACCAAAAUGCCAUAAGUUUUACUUUCUUUUUUUUAUAGCCGCUUGCUUUUGGUAAACUCUCCUUGCUGAAAUGAAUCAAAGGUGCAGAUGAUAUUUUUUCUAAAUAUGUCAAACUUUAUUUUUCAAUAGGAAAAUGAUCUCCAGCUAAAAAAAAAACUUUUUUAGAUUUUUAUCUUUUUCAAGUUGAAUAGUGGAUGGAUAGAGCGUAAGAGUUUCAUGCGGUAUAACAUAAACCCAGUGCCUUCCUCAGCCUGAUUGUCAAACAGUUUAACUACAACAUGUAUUGUUGUCCUAACCCCCGUCGCGGUCCCCUGACCCCUCUCCCCCGUAACUGCAAGUCCUGUUCUUAUGAAUGUAUAAAAACCAGAUGACGCUUAGCCUUGUCAGAAGAUUGAUCUUCCCAAAUAUAAGUGCAGUGAUUUCAGUAUUCUGAUGCUUUACCACAUCCGUUUAACAGAAGAAAAAAAGACUGUUAAUUGUAUUUUAAGUUUAGAACGGGUCUUCUGCGUUUGUUUUUACCAGUCAGUCUUGAACCAGCAGGAGCCUAGUUCAAAAGCCGGAUCACAGAUGCUAAUUUUAACUUUCUUUCUCAGACAAGCAUAUCUGAAAAUCACCACUUCCUAAUAGGCCAUCCGAUGACAGAUGAUCUCCCAGGUGCCAGAGAUAAGAGUUGUUGUCCUGGAUCCGGACAUGUCUUGUGUGUCCUUGCAGCUGAGCCCCUCCUUCGCUCCCCAGUCAGAGUCUCAGUUUCAAAGCAGAUCAUUGAUGUGCAGAAGCCGAACGCUUUUAAAGCAACGCGAAACAAUGAAGCUUCGAGAAAAAUUUCUAAAUGUAUCCAUGUAAAUUUUGAGCUUAGUUUAUUUGCAUCUCUUUUUUUUUUCAAGCUGCUCUCCUUCAGUUUGUGCAUCAACAAUCCUCUGGAGUUAAUUUGUGGGGAACAAUCUUAAAUUGCUGCUGCAUAGAACUGAUCAUUUAUUUAAUCAUAAAUGUCUAAUGUGUUGUUUUUUUUCCUGAAUGUGAAAAUGUGUCCAUAUCCAUCCAAAUCAUGUAUUGUUGUUUAUUUUUCUUUGCUUAACAGACUGAAUUGUUAAAGUAUUAAGUUUUUCUUAACUUUAAUUUCAAAUUUUAUUCGGUAGCUUUCAUGACAAAGAUGUGCACUAAUCUUUAGAUGAGGCAAAUAUUCAAAUGAGUACGAAUAACGAUUUGUACCAGUUCUUGUUGAAGAAAAUGCCCCUUGUUUUUAAAAGUGAAACCAGCAGGAGUAUUAUCGUUUCAGAGUCCAAAUCAUUUCACAUUUAUUGAGAAGAUUCUCUCAGCUCUUAAAGAGAACCAGCGCCUUCACUGCUAACCCCCUCACAUAGCCAUACUUUUAACUUCAGAUGCCAUUUAAUCCAAACAGCUCCCCGAUUUAGGUUGAAUGUCUUGACUAAGAUGAAAGCUAUAUUUAAUUUGCCAGUCAUGUUUUUGUUCUUUCAUGUUUUUGUCUCAAAGAAAAGUUAGUUGUUUGCAUUUUUUUUCUUCUCACCCACUUUAUAUAAUUAUUAUUUUUUUGUGUAAGCCACAUAUUUGUAAAAUAUGUUAAGGUAAAGGAAUCUACUUGGAAUGUUUUUGAAUAAAACAUUUUACAAUAAAGUAUUUGUUUUAU